CCUUGAAAAGAUCCGAUUCACUGGAAUGAUUCAUUUACGGAGCGGACAUCGCUAACUGGAAGCAGCUUGUUCAACGUUGUUCAGCAAUAACAGUUAUGGAGGUCCCAGGUCCUGAUAGUGAUUGGAGGAGUCCAGCCUUUCGACAGAAAGUAGUGGCGCAAAUAGAUGAAGCCAUGAGAAAAGCAGGAACUGCUCAUACAAAGUCCAGUACUGACAUGGAGAGCCAUGUUUUUAUCAAAGCAAAGACCAGAGAGGAGUAUUUAUCUCUGGUUGCGAGGCUGAUAAUUCAUUUUAGAGACAUUCAUAAGAAGUCUCAAGGUGGGCCUGACCCCAUGAAUGCCCUGCAGAAUUUACCAGGAGUGGCUGGAGGUGGUCCUGGAGUUAUUGGCAUUGGACCACGCCCCCCUGGCGCACCAAUGGGUGGUAUGGGGCAAAUGCAAAUGGGUCAACAUACCAUGCAGGGAGGCCAGCAGGCUGCAGCGACUGCCGGGCAGAUGCAGAUGAUACAGCAGCCGCAACAGCAGCAGUCCAUGCAGUUCCAGAUGCAGCAGCAGGCUGCCAUGCAGCCUCAGCCGCAGAAUGCCAUGCAGCAGCAGAUCCAACAGAUGAGGCUUCAACAACUUCAACAGCAGCACCAUCAGAAUCAACAAAUGCAGCAUCAGAAUCAGCAACAGCAGCAAGCCCAGACUCAGCAGCAACAACAGAACCAGUUGCACCAAACCAGAAUGCAGCAACUGCAGCAACUGCAACAGCAGCACCAACAACAGCAGCACCAACAACAACAGCACCAACAACAACAGCACCCACAACAACAACACCAACAACAACAGCACCCACAACAGCAACACCAACAACAACAGCACCCACAACAACACCAACAACAGCAGCAGCAGCAGCAGCAACUGGCUCAUGCACAGGCUCAUGCACAGGCUCAGGCCCAGGCCCAAGCCCAGGCUCAAGCUCAGGCCCAAGCUCAAGCUCAAGCACAGGCCCAGGCCCAAGCUCAGGCUCAGGCUCAGGCUCAGGCUCAAGCUCAAGCUCAAGCUCAAGCACAGGCCCAAGCCCAUGCCCAGAGUAUCCAGCAAAUUCAGCAGCUUCAAGCCCAGGUUCAGGCUCAGGUCCAAGCUCAAGGUCAAGCCCAGGUACAGGCUCAGGGAGUGGCAGGUCAGAUGCCCCCUCACUCGCAGCAGCCCCAGUCAUUACCACAAAUGGCUCCAGGACAGCAUCAACAAAGCUCACUCAGCCAACAGCAGCAGCAACAUCUGAAGCUCCAGCAGGUAAUGCAGCAGGCGAGAGUUUUGCAGCAGCAGCAGCAGCAGCAACAACAACAACAACAACAGCAGCAGCAGCAACAACAGCAGCAGCAGCAGCAGCAGGUUCAACAAGUCCAGCAGGGGGCCCAGCUCACAGCAGUCCCUAGCCAGAUGAUGCCCCGUCCUGGGAUGCAAAUUCCACCUCGGUUGCCCCGCGCCACCCCGAACUCUGCCAUUCCUCAAAACCCCGCUGCCAUUGGAGGACAGCAAAUGCCACAGGGUCAGCAAAUGAUGUCAUCACCCUCCCCAGUUCAGGUGCAGACGCCCCAGUCGAUGCCACCUCCCCCGCAGCCUCAGCCAUCCCCCCAGCCUCCUUCCUCUCAGCCCAACUCUGUCAGCUCUGGUCCGACCCCAUCUCCAGGAGGUUUCCAACCCAGUCCCUCUCCCCAGCCAUCCCAGAGUCCUGCCUCUUCACGUACCCCCCAGAGUUACCCCCUCCAGGUACCUUCACCUGGACCCCUAAAUACACCAGGCAAUCCAAACUCUGUGAUGAGUCCAGCAGGGGCUUCACAGUCUGAGGACCAGCUUUACAUGGAUAAACUGAAGCAGCUGUCAAAGUAUAUUGAGCCGCUGCGCAGGAUGAUUAACAAAAUAGACAAAAAUGAAGACAGGAAGAAGGAUUUGAGCAAAAUGAAAAGUUUGCUUAACAUUUUGACUGACCCCAACACAAGGUGUCCUCUUAAAACACUACAGAAGUGUGAAAUAGCAUUGGAGAAACUAAAGAAUGACAUGGCAGUGCCGACUCCUCCCCCUCCCCCAGUGCCCUGUACCAAAAAGCAGUACCUGUGCCAGCCACUGCUGGAUGCUGUCUUGGCCAACAUCCGCUCCCCGGUUUUCAACCAUUCACUUUACCGCACGUUUGCUCCUGCUAUGACAGCAAUUCAUGGACCCCCAAUCACGGGCCCCUCAAUUCCUUCCCGUAAGCGGAAGCUUGAGGAUGACGAGCGCCAGACCAUCCCUAACAUACUUCAAGGGGAGGUGGCUCGGCUUAAUUCCAAAUUCCUGGUCAAUCUGGACCCGUCCUUUUGCAGCAACAAUGGAACGGUGCAUCUCAUAUGUAAACUAGAUGAUAAAAAUCUUCCCAGUGUUCCCCCUCUUCAAUUGAGCAUUCCAGCUGACUACCCCGAUCAGAGCCCCCACUGGGAAGAUGACGGUCAGCAGUAUGAGGCCAACCCCUUCUUGCAGAAUGUGCAUAAGAACAUGACCUCUAAACUCCUUCAGCUUCCUGACAAGCACUCUGUGACGGCGCUGCUGAACACCUGGGCUCAAAGCGUGAGACAGGCUUGCCUUUCAGCUGCUUAGUUAUUUUCCCAUCUGCACUAGCAGCCCAGUAUAAUCCUUGCACCUCUGUGGAAUGAUGGCAAUAUAUUAAUACUUUCUUUGUCUUUUUUUAUUUACAUGAAUAAUCAUCUGUUUUCUUUAUUUCAGUACACUAAAGCCUUAACUGUUUGUGCAUUGCUCGAUCAAUAAAGUCAUUUAAAAUGCA